UUUCCUUAUUAUACCAUUCAUCCUCGAGUCGCAUUCUCUUCUGUUUGGUCUUAUUUCUUCACUCAUCUGAUUUCCCUCUGGUUCGAGGCCGGUCCGUAAAGUAAUAGGCCGCGUCAUCCCGACAUCUCAUCAUCCCAUCAUCCUACGAGGAACCUUAAACAGCUGGCUUGCUUGGGUUACCCCACGGAACCAAUCUCUUGGCUAAUUACUCGAGUACUUACACUGCGCCAAAUCCCUUCACAAUUACUUAUCAGUCCGAACUUCUUAGUGGUUCCGGUUCAGAUCAUCUGAAGUAUGAAAACUGUAGCGACUUUUGCGGCCGGCGCAUUGGCCGCUUCUGUUGCUCAUGCGCAAGUUGUGCAAUGGGACAUAUAUAGGAGACAGACAGAAACCAAGCUUACGAGACGACAAGAUGGGACAGUCACUGAGAUUAUCACCAACGAGAAGCUCAGAGGAGGUUACUUCGCCUCCUGUACGGUUGGAACCCCAGGCCAGAAUUUAACAUUGCAACUCGAUACAGGAUCCAGCGACAUCUGGGUACCUUCACGUAGUUCCAGUGUCUGCCAAGAAACCUCUGAUAACCAGGGCUGCACUUUAGGGUCUUUUGACGAAAGCGAGUCUACAACUUUCUCGGUCGUAGGGGAAAAUGAGUUUAGCAUCUCCUAUGUCGACGGCAGCCACGCCAAGGGCGACUACAUCACAGAGACGUUUGAAAUCGGCGGCGCGAAGUUGACCAAUCUGACCAUGGGCCUCGGUAUCAACACCGACAUCCCCUACGGUCUCGUCGGUGUGGGAUAUGCUGCUAGCGAGGCUAUUGUUGACAGCACCCGCUCUACUUCUUCCGUAUACGAUAAUCUCCCGUUAUUGAUGCAGAAGCAAGGCCUCAUUGCGACAAAUGCGUACAGCCUGUGGUUGAAUGAUUUAGACGCGAGUACUGGUAGUAUCUUGUUUGGCGGGAUAGAUACUGAAAAGUACCGUGGCGACCUUACUCGAAUAAACAUCUACAAAGACUCACGCUCUGGAAUUUUCUCGUCCUUCACUGUCGCCUUAACGUCCAUCCAAGCUUCAUCUUCGUCAGGAACCGACUCCCUUGCCGCCGAUUUUCCUAUUCCUGUUAUCCUCGACUCUGGCACUACAUUCAGCUACUUGCCAACAGAGCUAGCAGAACAAAUCUGGCAGGAGGUGGGCGCCGUGUAUUACGACGAAGUGAGCCUUGCGCUACUCCCUUGCGACAUGAAAAAUAGCCAAGGUCACUUCUCAUUCGGAUUCGGAGGCACUGGCGGUCCAGUUAUUAAUGUAACGAUGGAUGAGCUUGUUCUACCCCUGACUAGUGGCAGCAGAUCAAUCCCGCUGCCAGAUGGUCCAAACGCAGGAGAAGCGGCCUGCCAAUUUGGCAUCCAAAAUUUCAGCAGCAGCAGUACCACAUUCCUUCUAGGAGACACCUUCUUACGGUCCGCUUAUGUGGUCUACGAUUUAGUCAACAACGAAGUCGCCCUUGCGCCUACAGACUUCAAUUCCACCACGUCUAACGUAGUGGCCUUCCCUAGCGAGGGUGCUCAAAUCCCCUCGGCCACUGCGGCGCCUAACCAAGCAGAAGUCACCCAGAGCGGUUCUCUCACGACGCCAUCGUACGGUGCCAGCGGUGGCUUCCAGGACGAUAAGGAAUCUGCCGCCUCACUCCCGCCUCCUUUAGACUGGUCCAGGAUAGCUGUAAUAGGAGCUAGUAUGGGUCUUGUAACUGUGGGCAGCGGAUUUUUCCUGCUUUUCUAGGAGCAUUUGAUCGAAAGCGAAUCGGGUUGGGUUACAUUGGUGCAUCAUUUCUGAUUUACCGUCAUCUUUAUUUAUUUAUAUAUGUCCAGUCGAAUAGGUGGUGUUUUGGAUAAAAAUCGAUGCUGAACCGUUCAAUAUUUGAAGCAUACCUACGGUUCGUGAUUCUAUCUAACUAGGUAUAGAUUGGUUGGGUCUUACAGAGCAUUAUAAAAAUAAUUAAGAGCGGUAAUAAUGCUAUAUUAGAAAUUUGGUGACGGCUACUCAAUUAUAUUGUAGUAUGAUGGAAGUAAGAAUAUACCUCCGUGGUGUAAGUGGAAUUGCAGGUGACAUUGGUAGUAGUAGAAGUACUUAGGUACCUCUUAAAGAUUAAAGAUGUGGAAUUGAUGUGGAAUUGACGCACUGUGAGUGGUUCCUGAGGGGUGGGUGGGAUUUAGCUCCCCGAUAAGCCGUUAUCGCUUUCCAAUUGCCCCGAAAAAUUCUUAGCUUUCAUCGAUAUCGAGGAAAGAGAAAAUAAAAUAUUGAACGC